UAAAAGAAAAGCGAGCAAAGUUACAGAGCGUCGUCGUCUUCUUCUUCUUCCAUCUUCCGAACCGACCGUUACUUCCUCCUUCUUCUUAAUCUUACGGUUUUUGUUGCUGAGGGAAGAUGCAGAGUGAGGAAUCUCAUGAGAUUGUGAAUGGAGUAUCCGUGGAGGAGGAGGAGAGUAAGGAAACAAUGAAGAAGAGUCAGAAGGCGGAUAGAAAGAAGAAGAAGUUGAGAGAGAAGUUGCUAAAGGAAGCUACUAAGGCUGAUAAUCGUGGAGUUUGCUACUUGAGUCGUAUACCGCCUCACAUGGAUCACGUUAGAUUAAGACAGAUUCUCUCUCAGUUUGGUGAAAUUGGGAGGAUCUAUCUUGCUCCUGAAGAUCCUGAAGCACAAGUUCACCGUAAGAAGGCUGGUGGGUUCCGUGGCCAACUGUUCUCUGAAGGUUGGGUGGAGUUUGCUAAGAAAAGCAUAGCUAAGAGAGUAGCAGAUAUGCUAAAUGGAGAACAAAUAGGAGGAAAGAAGAAGUCUGCUAUAUACUAUGAUAUUUGGAACAUCAAGUACUUGACCAAGUUCAAAUGGGAUGAUCUUACCGAUGAAAUUGCAUACAAAAGUGCAAUAAGGGAACAGAAACUGAACAUGGUUAUGUCUGCUGCUAAGAGAGAGAAGGACUUUUAUUUAUCUAAAGUGGAGAAGUCACGUGCUAUGACUGAGAUAGAUGAACGAAUGAAGAAGAAGCGAAAGAUUCAAGAAGAAUCAGGCAGCAAUGCUGAACCAGCACAAGUCUUUCCACCUAGGGUGGUUCGUCAGUUCAGACAGAAGACAGCAAUCAAAAAUGAGGUGUCUCAGAGCAAACCUGGACUCUCCACAGAUGUCCUAGCAUCGGUGUUCGGCGGUUCUUAAAAGACCAAGAAGAGGCAUGUGAAGAUAUUGCUGUUUGAUUAAACGUAUGAAUGGUGUUUACCAUUAGUUAUAGUUUCUGCAUGUCAAAUUGUCAACAAAGAGAAUCUUCACAUACACUUUUACCAUUUUGUACUAAGAAAAUGAAUUAAACAGUUUUUGAUACUUUAAUUUUCUGUCUUUCUUUCUCUUAGCAAUAACAUAUACACAUACAUCAACGCAUGUGAAUACAAUACUUAUCAUCGAGAUGACUAGGAGAACGCAAGGGCUUAAGG